AUGUCCCAACAAAACAACCAUCGCCCUCCAAAAACCGGUCCAGUUGCUCCAACACCAACGAGUUCUCGUCCAGGAGCUUCACCUCCAGAUACUCCUUCUCCAGAUGCUCCUUCUCCUGUUGCUCCAUCAAAUGCGAAUCCCGUCGCAAGGAUUCGGAAUUCGACGAUGAUGAGUCCCAGAGGCUCCAGUUCAUCUAUGUCUUCAGAUUAUUUGGAACAAGAAGCAGAUGAACUACCAAACAUCAACAUCUCUGAAGAACCAACUUCUAAGAAGCCAAGGAAAUCUAUCCUCAAAAAAUUCGAUGAUGGUGUGGAAUAUGAUGUUCCAGGAGUUCCAAGCUCAUCUUCUCGAAGACUUCAUUAUGUUGAUGUCCCUAAUGGUGCGAAUGUUUUAUCUGACAGUACCAACAAGCGAAAGAUGGAGGUCAUCGUUGAAUCAUGUGUGCAAAGCUUCUGUCCGAAGGGAGCAACAGGACAGGCUGUCGCAGAACUCGCUGCCUUCCCGACACUUACCAGAGACGUCGUUAUUGUGUCAAUCGGAAAGUAUGCUAUGGAAAUGGCUGAGGGAGCAAUUGAGAACUUGGGAAUGUUCAAUAUUUUGAAGACUUUUGUCUUUGCGGGACCCAACGCAAAGAAGACUAGGGAGAGGUGCCAGUUUUUCAAUGCCCCAAAGAACUUCGAGGCUUCCUGUUUUGCAAAGAACUAUGUCAAUCCGACGGAUAGAGUGAUUGAGGAGCUCCAGAAAUAUGAUGAACAAUACCACGAGGAGUGCGAUAAUACCGAUGAAAUCAUAAAAAUGUAUCCCAAGUUCAUCUUCUUGGUCUCUCAAGGAGGGGAAGACUACUUCUUCUCUCCGAGGGAACCCGUGGUGAAAGGAGAAGAUAGAUUACUGUUGGAGGAGAAAGUGAAAAUCGUCAGCAAAUUCAAGGAUCACUGUGCCACCAAGGAGCAGUUGGCAGUCGUUCGGAAGAUCCUCUCAAGAGUGAAAGCAGGAGGAAUUAUCAACUACAUCAAGAAUGGAUAUUGCCAUGGAUUCUACAUGCCCGAGUCCUUGGACGACGAGAUGGCAGACAUCUCGGGCGGUCCAACAAUAUUCCCGGAAUAUGCUGAAGAAGAAGGUGCAGUGAAGAAGAUUAUGGAGAACCUCGGAAUGGAAGAAUCAGAGUUCGACGAAUUUCAGUGGAGCCAGCUCGAAACUCCCAAUGAUUAUUAUAACAGACCAGGAUUGUAUCGAAACCAGAACAAGAUGAUUGUUACUGUCCCUCUACUCUUUGAUUCCAUAAGCGAAAAGCUGUUACACUAUGACACCUCCUUUCCAUUUGGUUAUAAGAGAGGAACAACCAAGAAUAUUGGAAGAUUGUUAACGGAGGUGUUGUGCUCUAAACACUUGGAAGACACUGAGUUGGCAAGAAACGCCACUAGUCCACUCCCCACGAAGUUUCCAAUGGCUCUGAUAUGUGGUGGAGAAGUUGGACCGAUGGAUGCCAAGAUAGAAGGAGAAGACUUCAAAUCAACUACUCCUAUUCAAGAGUUAAUGUUGGAUUGUUUGAUGGCAUUUGAAAAGAAAGAACCAGCAUAUGAAUUUACAUUCACAUGUGCCUCCACUACCGGAGACGAUGGAACAAGCUCCUUGUCGGGCCUCGUUAUCUCAAAUAAAGAAGUGAAAGAGAUGAAGUAUUUGAAGAAGAAAGGAAGAGAGAUCUACUACAGUGACCCCAAUGAAUUCUGGUGUCUAUUCAGCAAAUCAGAAAAUCAGUUAGGGUUUAAGGGAGCCGUUGAUAUGGGGACGAUUUUUAUAGUGACUCUGGAGAAGUCAUUUGAAAAGGAGAGGAAGAGAUUCAAGGAGAUGAAUAAGAUGACGGAGAGGGAGAAGAUUGAGGCGGAGGAAAAAAGGAAACUGGAUGAAAUGGUGGCAGAGGCGAGAAGAAAGACACUGUUGGCGUCCGAGAAACAUAGGAAAGAGAGGGAGUGGGAGAGGAAGAGGGAGAUAAAAAAGUGA